GGGUGCGGGCUCCACUUGCCAGAUUGGCUCUGAGUGAAAAGGAUCCUCCACGCUAGUUCAAAAUUUGGGCAAUCCCUUUUUCCCACUGCUUUCCCUUGGACCCUAGUCCUUUGGGUGUGGUGCAUUUUUUUUUGCCAAAUUUGAUAACAAAAGAUUCUUUAAGAAAUCAAUUUAUUAUUCUUUUAGGAUUUUGGGGUGUCCUUGCUACCCUCAAAUUUACAGCAAAGGGAUUUAAUCCCUCAAAAUAUUAAUUUUUGAGGGUCCAAUUUUGUUAAGGCUUUCCCAUUCAGGCCUCCAGCACCCCUCUGGUUAGUUCUCUGAAGCCACUCCAGCAGCCUCUUGCAGCCAUGGUGAUGUUCAAGAAGAUCAAGACCUUCACGCUGGUCUUCAGCGAGCCUGACAAGGUCUACAGCAGCGGGGAGAAGGUGGCCGGCCGUGUGGUGGUGGAAGUGGCCGAGGUCACCCGGGUGACCACUGUCAAAGUCCUGGCUUGUGGGGUGGCCAAGGUCCUGUGGAUCAGGGGCCCCCAGCAGUGCAAGCAGGAGAUGGAGUAUCUUCGCUACGAAGACGUCCUCACACUCGAUGACCAUCCAGCUGAUUCAGAUGGUUCCAUAAUCCUGAGACCAGGAAACACCUACGAAUUCAAGUUUGGAUUUGAGCUGCCCCAAGGACCCCUUGGUACCACCUUCAAGGGCAAAUAUGGCUGCGUUGACUACUGGGUGAAGGCUUUCUUGGAUCGCCCAACCUUUCCGAUUCUCGAGAUAAAGAAGCGCUUUGAUGUCAUGGACCAAAUUGACGUCAACACUCCAGACUUAAUGUCGCCUGUCUCUGCCAAGAAGGAAAAGAAGGUUUCCUGUAUGUUCAUCCCUGAUGGGCAUGUGUCCGUUAGUGCCAUGAUCGACCGCAAAGGAUUUUGCGAAGGUGAUGAUAUCUGCAUCAAUGCAGACUUUGAGAACACCUGCUCCCGCAUUGUGGUCCCCAAGGCUGCCAUUAUUGCCAAGCACACCUACUUGGCCAACGGGCAAACAAAGGUCUUUUGCCAGAAGCUCUCCUGUGUCCGAGGCAACCAUAUCAUCUCUGGCAUGUCAGAAUCGUGGCGUGGCAAAACCCUGCGGGUCAAAAAGAUCAAGCCAUCUAUUCUGGGCUGCAACAUCCUACGUGUGGAGUAUUUCUUGCAGAUCUAUGUCAGCGUCCCUGGCUCCAAGAAGAUCAUCCUGGAGCUGCCCCUUGUCAUCGGCAGCAAGUCCUCAGGCAUGAACAGCCGCAGCUCCAGCAUGGCCAGCCAGACCAGCUCGGAGAUGAGCUGGGUGGACCUCAACAUCCCGGACGCUCCAGAAGCGCCCCCCUGCUACCUGGACAUUGUCCCCGAAGACCACCGCCUGGAGAGCCCCACCACCCCUCUCCUGGAUGAGCUGGAUAACUCCUUUGACAGCCCCAUCUUCAUGUAUGCACCAGAGUUCAAGUUCAUGCCCCCACCUACCUACACCGAGGUGGACCCCUGCCUUAACAACAACGUCCAGUGAGCGCUAACCAAAGAAGCAACUUCACACAGUUGUCUUUUUCCUGGACUUGUAACAAGUACACUCAAUUGUACUCCAGCAAUUGUACUCGAGGUGGCCAAUCCCUGAUGAACAGGGAAGACAUCCUGCAGGAGAAACAGCCAUCGAAAAAGGAGCUAGAACUGAAUGGUUGCCGUCCUUGAAGCCUCUGUCUCCAUAGACGGGAGACAGGCGAAGAGAAGCCACAAGGGCCGGCUGGUCCUACCUAGGCCUUGGCUUCUCCCCAUAGCCUUUCAGGACUCUUCUCCCACAAUCAAGCAGGUGCUGAAGUGAAACUCUUAAUAGACUGUGGCGUAGGGGAAAGGCCUUGUUAGGUGUCUGUUCUGGUCAAGGAGAGUGAAAAGCCAGCAGAGAUACUGGCUGGAAGAAAUACUGAGUAACCAAAUGUGACCAUCACAACACCAUAGAUGCGUGUUGACUUCUUGUACUGAUGAUUUUAAAAGUGUUUUGGACAUUGACUUGGGCUACAAAUGGGAGUUUGUGUCUAAAAAAUUCCAUCUCAAAAUGGGCUUUUUGAGUAUAUGUACCUCAAGGCUUUCAAGCCUCACACCUUAAUCAUGGGGGCUCUUAGAGAAAUGUGUGAAGAGAGAGAGAGUAGGUGUUACUGGAGCUGUUGGACUGAGGAUUGUUCCUCAAUGCACUAGGUGAAGAAGGGAGGAGAUGAGAAUUAGAAAAGUUUUGCAAAUGAGAAAGUGGUGGUGGCGGGGAGUAUAAUAAACACUCCAUCCAAAGGGACAAAACACAGCCCCGAGAAAGGGAAAGCAAACUCCCAGGUAGCAAUGGACUUCUUUGUGGUGUUCUUUGUUUUGUCUGACAAGCAACUCUGAGACUGCUUCAAGUGUAGCUCUCUAAAGCAGUCGGUUCUUUGAAGUGUUAAUAAGACUUUUGUAUUUUUGUCUAAUGCUAUGUAUUUUAUUUUUUUGGGAGGCUAUAUAAACAAGCCAGCCUUUUGUAAGGGAGGGGGGGAAAUCACUAUGCCUACUUGCUUAUGUUGAAUCUUUGGUUUUGUUAUAUUUUGUAUUUAUGUGGAUAAACCAGUGUUGAUUAUUUGGGCAGGGGGUGCAACGUCUUCCCCACAUGGAGAACAGUCUCGUGCAUUCCCUUGCUGCCUGGAUGCCCAGCAGUAUCAAAGACCCAACUUUUUUGGGGUCAGACAGUGCCAAAUUGCUUUCUUCCACACAGCACUGACGCUGAAUUAAAAAUGCAUCUCAUGUCAAGCUGAACUGGGAAGCAUUCUAUUUCUGGGCUGCACCUCUUUGCCCCACUCCCUAUAAUCUUUUUUCCAGCACACACUUGGUUUAUCCCCCACUGACAGAGAAAAAUGCACUCUUCUCCCUCACCAAAACCCCCUGUUGAACAGCACUGCAUAUCCAAAGUGUUAAUUGAUCCCAGAUUCUGUCCCUGCUAAAUCUUCAGUCAAAAAAUGCUGUCUAAGCAGGGACACGAACUUGGGUGUACUGAAAUCAUUUUCUACUGUGGUCGUGUUUUAUCUGUUUUGCUUUUUGUAUUGGUUUGAAAAUUUAUAUUUUGUACUGGUAAGAUUCUGCAGUAGUCCCUUUGGGCUAACGUUUAUAAUAAAAAUUGUUUUGCAAGAAAA